AUGGGUAGACUAAACAAUGAAUGGCUGCUGGGUUUGGUCAUACCUCUCUGUGUGUGCCAUCAAUUGCUGAUGGGAGAUAGGACAUUGUUCCGGCUACAAAAUGGGUGCAUGAUCCUGGUAACUGAUGCAUGGGCCUUGCAAGAUACGUCUAUAGAAUUGGCUAUAGGUACUAAGCACAGAAGACCAUCGGACCCCUGUGGAGCCAGACCCCACUGCUUCACCCAUGUGGUCAAAGCUGCUCCCUGGAUGUCAAGGGUUGGCCAUUCUUGUGGUGUCAGUAGUGAGUGCUUGGAUGAAUGUGAGAUCUAUAGGCUGGUGAUGCAGAUGGUGAUGGGAAGAGACAGUAGAGAUGCCAACACACUCCCUGGACGGUGUUUCUGGAGGGAAAAGGCCCUGGUCUAGCGAGCCAGUGGAAUGUGCUGUGGCAGAAAAUCCACAGGCUCUGGAAUCUGACUGUCAGAGCUUGGGCCCUGGAUACAGUGUCUACCACCUUUGUGAUCUGUGGCAUGUUAUUUAGUAUCUUGGAGCCUCAGUUUCACCUUCUGUAUUAUUAGGGUAAUAAUGUUUUCUUUUGGGGCUUUUGGUGAGGAUUAAAUGAUAUAU